UCCAGUUCAUGUGAUGCCAAUGGCCAAAAAGCAAGUGAGCUCGAUGACGUGGGUGUGCAGAAGAACAAAUAUGGAUAAGAAUCCUUGCAGAUGCUGAUUAACAAAGUCAAAGAAUUGAGAUAAUGAGGAUGUUAAAUGUCAUUUUUAUUAGCAACUUCGAGGAGGCAGAGUUGGCAUGUCUUUUUAAUCAGCUCAAAAAAAGCCUGGUUUUCUGUGUUCGCUUAAAUCAUACUUCAGUGAAGAGUGAGAGCCAGGAAACUUGUGUGCCUGUCUCUUGCUGGAUGAACCUGGAGACGACUUCUGUAGAUACGGGAAGCGUCCGGACAGAUCGCGCUGCUCGCCCGGCCCCACCGGGCCCCGCCUCGGCCUCGGGCCCGCCCCGGCCACAGUCCGAGCGGAACAUGGAGCGGCAGCUCGGCUUCCGCGGCCGGCGGGUCCUGGUGACCGGAGCCGGCAAAGGGAUCGGUCGCGCCGUGGCCGCGGCGUUGAGCGGGGCCGGGGCCCGCGUCACCGCGCUCAGCCGAACGGCGGCAGAUCUGGAGAGCCUCARGCGGGAGUGCCCGGGCAUCGAGCCCCUGUGCCUGGACCUGGCCGACUGGGACGCUGUGGAGGCGGCGCUGGGCGCGGCGGGGCCCUUCGAGCUGCUGGUGAACAACGCGGCGGUGGCGGAGCUGCAGCCGUUCCUGGAGGUGACGCGCUCGGCGCUGCAGCGGUCUCUUGAUGUGAAUUUUGGGGCUGUGCUUCAUGUUUCCCAGAUAGUUGCUCGGCAGAUGAUUGCACAGGGGGUGCCAGGGGCUAUUGUGAACGUCUCCAGCCAGGCGUCGCAGCGUGCGCUGAGAGAUCAUGCUGUUUACUGUUCCACAAAAAGUGCUUUGGAUAUGCUGAGCAAGGUAAUGGCAAUGGAACUGGGACCACACAAGAUUAGGGUGAACACUGUGAAUCCCACCGUCGUUAUGACUGACAUGGGGAGAAUUAACUGGAGUGACCCUCAGAAAUCUGCUGCCAUGAUUAAUCGGAUUCCUCUGGGAAAAUUUGCAGAGGUGGAUGAUGUGGUGAACAGCAUUCUCUUCCUGCUGAGUGACCAGAGUGCUAUGACAACUGGCAGCUCCCUGAUGGUUGAUGGGGGCUUUCUUGUCUCCUAAGAUGACACCUGCAUUUCACACCUGGCUUCAAUUUGCAUACAAGUACUGCAUAGAUGUAAACUGGAUAGAAAACAAUGAUACAGACCUCUUGCUGGAGGGGCAGAAUGACUGAAGCCUUGUAUUGGAAAUGAGGCAGAAAUUCACCUUUGCACGGCUGCUAUAUAAUAAAGUUCACAUACGCUGUAAUGGAGAAUGUUUAUUGCACCAAAUAAGGUUUUAUCUUGUCACUCUA